AUGUCGGAUGAGAGAAAUGGCCUAGCGACUACAACAUGCUGUUUUCAUUGGCUUCAUUUUCCAUGCUUUGGUACCAAGAAUACAGCUAAUCAUUCCAGACAUGCUGAAAUAUCACCUCUUCGUAAAGCAGAAAUAUCACAGCUACCGGUAGCAAUUAAAGCCGAUAUUACUAAACGAAAUGCACUUCCACCAGGUUUACGAUUUGAUCAUAAGCUGGAAAUGGUGCUACCCGAGGGAAUUAAUGAAAACGAAAGCACGAAGGAUCUACAUUCGAAGCGAACCAAAAUGUAUUCCGGAUAUUGCUUGCGACCAUUUCCAGCUGCUCGAGGCAAUUAUGCCGUUGAUUAUUCCAGGAAAACAAACAUCAAAUUACGAAAAGAAAUAUCACAAGGUGAUCAGGAAGAUGCAUUUCUGUUGCAUAUCGUAGAAGAUUAUAGUUCAGCAGUGUUAAAACGUUCCGCUAAUGGAACGCAGUCUUCAUCUGUUCACGAAUAUGAUGCACCGCAGUUAAUUGUUGCUGAAAAUGAAAAAAUGUUUGUGGAAGAAAUGAUCGGUGAUCAAGUGGUUGUCAAGGAAAAAAGUCUUGUCGACACAGUGUAUGCGCUAAGAGAUCAACUUAGCAAUGUACAAAAGGAAUUACUUCAAUUAAAUAAAACAGUUGAUCGAGAACAAAAAUCACGGCGUCGUCUAGAAGAAAUGGUAAGACGACUCUGUCAACAAUUGCAACAACAACAACAGCAACAUCAACAGAGGGGACAGAAAGCUUCAAAUUUAACUUCCAAAACACCGUUGUCAGCACGUGAUUAA